AUGAACUCGGCUCUAGAAGAGCGUCACAUCCUACCGGGGUGGACUUACGACGAGCCAGAGGUUGACGCUACAAUCCUCGAAGUCAACUUUGCUCACCCAUGUAAGAGAACCAGAUCAACCUGGCCCAGCGACUACUACUUUCAGUCCAUUCACCCACGUCGUCCCUCAAAUACACCAAAUGUAGCCGUACACACUGACUUGGCCAACCUGGCUAGAAGAUUCGACAUCCCCAUCAACGCCCUCCACAACUUCAUGCGCUUCCCGCCCGUCCGCGCCGUCAUCCGCACCCUCGUCAUCGAACUAGAGCACCCUGAAGCACAGCCCUCACCCCAGCUAGACGAGCUCGCGAUCCUCGACAGAGUCAACGACAUCGUCUCCAAUACGAGCUCCGCAGACCGAAAGACCUACCUCAACCAGGUCACCGGCCCCGGCCCGCAGUUCGCAGACAGAGCCCUGAUUUUCUGCCUCGUCAAGCUCUGCGCCCAGUUCGAGGGUUGGAACCGCUGGGCGUUUGGUUCCCGCCGCUCGACGAUCCAGGUCUUUAUGGGCGUUAUAGGCCUCUUUUGCAACGCGUGGGUGACGGCGCCAACUGUUGAUGCUUCGUGGUCGCGGGCUGGUGCGUCCUCUUUACCUUCUUUUAUCACCUCUAAGCGAUUCGGUGUGUGCGAGUCUGAUGCUCCUUGUCCGCAGAGUAGACUCACCCCCGAGAUCUGGUUCGAUUGGUCCCUCCUCUUCGACCCCUGGCUCAGACAAACUAACGCAAUCCAGCUGCUGAACCCGGAACCUGUCUCCGUAUCAUCAUCACCUUCCCCAGAUACCACUUACCCCCGAACAGCCCGCCGCACGACACACGCAGCCCUCGUCGUGAUGGAAAUCACCCAGCCAGAACCCGAAAAUCAGGGCCGCGUCGUGGUAAAGUACCACGACGACAGAAAGCCCGACGAGGAGCGCUGGGCGUUCCGCUCGAUUCUGGACUCGCGGUGGUCCGGGGCCGGCAAGACGCCGCGGACGGGGCUGCAGUAUCUCGUUGAGUGGGAGUAUGCUGAGCCGACGUGGCAGCCGGCGAGGGAUCUGCAAGGGUGUGAUUCGUGGGUGUUGGAGUUUCAUCGGGAGAAUCCUGGGAAGGCUGGGCCUGUCGCUAGGUUGAAGCGGGUUUUGUGA